CCGGGCCGGGCGGGCCGGGGCAGGAGCGGCGGCGGUGCCUGCGCGUCAGGCGGGCAGGAGGAGCCAGCGGGCCACAAAGAGCCGGGCGGCGGCGGCGGCGGCGGCGGCGGCGGGGAGCGGCGGAACGGGGCCGGGCAGGGCCACGAUGCGGGCGCCGUGAGCCGGGCAGCGCGCGCCCAUGACGGACCUGGCCUCGCCCACGGGCGAGAACCCCUUCGCCUUCCCCGGCGGCGAGGAGGGCUUCGGGGACGAGAAGGCGCUGGUGAUCCACAGCCAGGCGGAGGAGGAGGAGGCCGGGAAGGAGUUCAAGUGCAUCCUGUGCGGGGAAUGCUUCGGCCAGCAGCCCAGCCUCGCCCGGCACCAGAAGCACCACGCCGGGGAGCGCGCCUUCAUCUGCGCCGAGUGCGGCAAGGCCUUCAGCCUCAAGCACAACCUCAUCAUCCACCAGCGCAUCCACACCGGGGAGCGCCCCUACCAGUGCGGCGUCUGCCAGAAGAGCUUCAGCCUCAAGCAGAACCUGCUCACCCACCAGCGCAUCCACAGCGGCGAGAAGCCCUUCUCCUGCGGGCGCUGUGGGAAGCGCUUCCGUGAGCAGCGCUUCCUCCUCAACCACCAGCGCACCCACGCCGAGGACCGGCCCGGUGCGGCCACCGAGGACCAGCCCGGCGCAGCCGCCGCCGCCAGCAGUCGCUCGCCACGGCCGGAGCCGCAUGAGGAGGCCGGUGGCCCCGGGGCAGCGAGCGGCCCCUUCGCCUGCGCCCGGUGCGGGAAGGGCUUCAGCUGCCGGAGCAGCCUGGCCACGCACCAGCGCACCCACACCGGCGAGCGGCCCUUUGCCUGCCCCGACUGCGGCAAGAGCUUCAGCCAGAAGGGCUCCCUGAAGAUCCACCAGCGCACCCACACGGGCGAGACCCCCUUCUCCUGCCCCCAGUGUGGCAAGACCUUCGCCCAGAAGGUCAACCUCACCGCGCACCAGCGGAGCCACGGGGCAGAGAACGCCCUCACGGAAUGACGGCCACGAGCAUCAGAGCAGAGCCAGAUCUCGCCUCCUGUGCUCUGCGGGGAAGGAGCCACAGCGCCGCGUGCUGCCCACCGUGCUGGGGAGAGGGGCUCGAAGAGGAGGCGGCAGAGGCUCGUCCCGGCACUGCGGAGAGCCCCGAGUAGCACAGAAAUCAGGCGAAAUAAAAAUAAAAUAAAACGCAAAGCUCA